AUGGAACCUCACGCCACAGAAAGACGAGGAUCAUUCUGGUCCCAUUUCGGCACCCUGGUCCGUAGAAUGGACCCCCUUCCACACGGAUGCCCAGCCUCCUCCAACGUAACCCCCUUCGGUGAGGAAGCCUUCACAACAGGCGUGAUGAACCUGCACGGCGGCACCUGCGUCAUGAUCAUCACGGAGAAAGGCAUCUACAACUCUCAUUUCCGGGACGGCCCGUCCUUUUCCCAGAGCACUAUUCUAAUCCGCGAACCGGUAAUCUUCGAAAACGACGUCCUACACCCGCUAAAACACGGCCUCCACUUCCUCACUUCCGAUGGAACCUUCCUCGAAGGACCCCCGGCAUGCAACCCUAUUAUUAAAGACGAAGACGAGCCCGUCGCCUUCAUUUUUGGCCCGAGGGAACGGAACUCGCAGUCCAUGCAGUAUCCUGUGCAGAUCGUUGACAUCGCUCGCGCGCUCCGGGAUGUCUUGCCCAGUGUCCGUGUGAACGUCGUAGGGUAUGUUAAUGUUGGCCAGGGGAAUCCCGUUCCUGGGGAUUCGGAUCAUGUUGAUCCCAGCUGUGGAGAUAUUGGGCAGCUGGAGGGGACGGUGGUGGCUGAUUAUCAGCCUAGGGUUAGGAUGCAGGAUGGGAGGGAGGGUUCGGCAGUGGAUAUUUGGAUUGGGGAGGAGGAGGGGGCUUUUAGGAAGGAGUGGGCGAGUGGGGAGUUAGUUGAGUUGGGGUUUUGUGCUUGUUGUAAAUGA